AAUAGCAAGAAGACUUGCUAAUUUGCUAUCCAUGGCAACUCCCAUUUCUAGCUCCUCCUUGUUCCUUAGAUUCUCCAUUGGUUUAUCAGCAUUUCUAUGCCUAAUUCUCUGCUCUUUGGCAGUAAGAGAUACAAAAACCCACCUCCUUUCACUUACUCACACUGUUGAAGUCAACUCUCUUCUACCAGCAAACACCUGCAGCCCCUCCACCAAAGGUCAUGACAAUAAGGCGGCAUCCGUACUGAAAGUGGUCCACAAGCAUGGCCCAUGCAACCAAUUCCACCAACUCAAAUCAAACAGUAACCCUGCCGAUCAAGAUGAAUAUCACACACAAAUCCUCAAGCAAGACGAAGCCCGAGUCAACUCAAUCCACUCCCAUUUCAACGACCCAAUCCAUAAUUACAGAAUCCCCGUCCCACUUGCACAAUCCGACGCCACCGUGAUUCCCGCCCAGUCCGGCAGCGUACUUGGUUCAGGAAACUACUUCGUCAGUGUUGGCUUGGGUUCGCCCCAGAAGAAACUCUCGCUUGUAUUCGACACCGGCAGCAGUCUCACUUGGACGCAGUGCCGACCAUGUUCUGUAUCUUGUUACCAACAGAAAGAUCCCAUCUUCGACCCUUCUCUCUCUACCUCUUACUCCAACAUCUCCUGCAACUCCGCCGCGUGUUCCCAACUUGCAGCCUCCGGUGUCGCUAGCAAUUGUUCCGCCUCCACCUGUGUUUACGGCCAACAGUAUGGAGACCGCUCGUUCACGGUCGGCUUCUUUGCCAGCGAGAAGUUAACUUUGACUUCAACAGAUGUUUUUAAUGGUUUCGUCUUCGGCUGCGGCCAGAAUAACCAAGGCUUAUUUAGGGGCAUCGCCGGUUUGCUCGGUCUCGGUCGAAGCAAGAUCUCCCUCGUUGAACAAAGAGCUCAGAAGUACAACAGAUUCUUCUCCUACUGCCUCCCCUCCACUUCAAGCUCCACCGGUUACCUCAGCUUAGGCAACUCCGACAAUGGACGUUCAGGAUAUAACGCCGUCAAGUUCACACCGCUCACCACAUUAUCUCGAGGCGCGUUGUAUUACGGCCUCGAACUGGUCGGUAUCAGCAUCGGUGGGAGUCAACUGCCAAUUUCAGCUUCGGUAUUUUCGACUUCGGGAACAAUUAUCGACUCGGGGACUGUGAUCACGCGCCUCCCAGCCACUGCGUACACAGCGCUGCGGAACGCAUUUCGAGAAGCGAUGAAGAGGUACCCAACUGCUACGUCGAUUUCUUCCCUGCUGGACACGUGUUACGAUUUCAGUGGAAUCAAAACGAUAACCUUUCCAAAGAUAGGGUUUGUGUUUGGCAAUGGGGUUACGGUAGACGUGGACGCAACAGGAAUAUUAGUCCAGCAGAGUGCUUCGCAGUUUUGCUUGGCGUUUGCCGGAAACAAAGAUGAUAGGAGUGUCGGGAUUAUUGGGAACGUUCAACAGAAGAGGUUGCAGGUAGUGUAUGACGUUGCUGGUGGAAAGGUUGGAUUUGCCCCUGAUGGUUGCCAAUGAUUCAUUAGGUGAACCAACAGAUACAAUUGUAAUACUGAUACACCUAAACAAAGUGGAUAGGUUAUGUGUUAGUAAUACAGCUAGUAAAUUAAAAAUAAAACAUUGGUUUCCCAACCAAAAAAGAUAUUAAGUAAUGUUGUGUAUGUAUGUUGAGAAUAAUUUUGAGGUGUACUCAGAAUAUGGUCAUGUGUUUAGAGCUCGAGAAAGUAUAAGUCAGAGGAGAGGGAGGGCACAUACGUACCCUCUCUCUUUUUCCAAAGUUGAAAAUUUAGUGUAUAUAUUAAUCUUGUGAAAUAUUUAC